CACAUAAAAUAUUUUGUAAUUUGGCAAUAUUUCUAAGGUGGAAGAAGGCUGUUUUUGUGACAUUUGAGAUGUGAUUUUUAAAUGACAGGUUGCUGUCUAAUAUAAUGCCUAGGUCUUUAACUAUAUUUGUUGGAGUAACAGUGCAGCCUUCAAUUUGCAGGUCAUAAUCCGAAAUAUUCUGCUCACGUGUCUUCGGUCCGAUAAGUAAUAUUUCUGUUUUAUUAGAAUUUAAAAGAAGGAAAUUACAAGUCAUCCAAUGCUUUAUAUCGUCGUACAUGUUAGUGUAGUCGGUGAACUCUAGUGUAUUACAGGUAGGCCGCACAUUGAGAGAGUUUGUCUAUCGGUGUGCAUGUUGCGCAUAUCUAAUUGAAGAAUCACGCGUGUCAGCGCUUUGCCUGCAUGCGUGUUGCGGGUACUGUAACGUAAGAGAGACACCGUGUGCGUCGCUCGGCUUUAGCGGGUGGUGUGUGUAACUGAAUAAACGGGUAAGAGUCUGUGGAGAGUGUAUGUGUUUCAUAUGCUGUAACACAGGAGAGAGACACCGUGUGUGUUUAUUUUUGGUUCAGUGCGAGCGUGUCGAUGGCUGCCGAUGCGUCGCAAAGGAAAGCUCUGAGAUAUCAGCAGACCCUGCUGUAUGGAGAAUAUAGGGAGCAGGUGGGUAAUGUUGCCAGACGGGAGGCUACGCGUCUGCUAACCGAAAGGCAAUGGAGGAGACAUGCUGGAAAUGCCAAAGCAACCCGGAGAAGCCGCGGCCGUGCACAUCAUGCCGGUCCGGAGGCGGGGGCCAUGACUCAAGGAUUAAGCCAGUCCUCCUCUAUAAAAAAGCCCCGCCCAUAUUCCAAAUGUCAAGAUUGCCUGGCCAGAAUUCAGAGGUGUAUUGUGACAAAGCUCGGGGAGGACUGGAUCUUUCUGGUUCUCCUGGGUCUCACUAUGGCUCUGGUUAGCUGGAGUAUGGACUAUGCCAGUGCCAAGAGCCUGCAGGCAUAUAAGUGGAUGUAUGGAGAGCUGAAGGGAAAUGUGGCUCUGCAGUAUCUGGCCUGGAUCUCAUAUCCCAUCAUCCUUGUUGUAUUUGCAUCCCUCUUCUGUCAUCUGGUAUCUCCACAAGCUAUAGGCUCUGGGAUCCCUGAACUCAAGACUAUUCUGAGAGGCGUGGUGUUAAAGGAAUAUCUCACUCUCAAAGCGUUUGUGGCUAAAGUCAUUGGUCUUACGGCUGGUCUGGGCAGUGGGAUGCCCAUCGGAAAGGAGGGUCCGUUUGUACACAUUGCCAGUAUCUGUGCGGCAGUGCUGAGCAAGAUCAUGUCCAUCUUCACCGGUGUGUACGAGAACCCCUAUGGUUACACAGACAUUCUGACGGUAGGAUGUGCCGUUGGGGUGGGCUGCUGCUUUGGGACUCCCCUUGGAGGUGUGUUGUUUAGUAUUGAGGUCACGUCGACAUAUUUUGCAGUGAGGAAUUACUGGAGAGGAUAUUUUGCUGCCACGUUCAGUGCCUUCAUAUUCAGAGUACUUUCAGUGUGGAACAAAGAUUCUGUCACGAUAACAGCACUCUUUCGAACAAAUUUUCGUAUGGACUUCCCCUUUGACCUGCAGGAACUGCCAGCUUUUGCGAUUAUCGGGAUUUCAUGUGGGUUUUUAGGAGCGUUCUUUGUUUAUCUGAACAGACAGGUUGUUCUGAUAAUGCGGAGACAGACGGCUCUUACGCGAUUCCUAACAAAACACCGGUUGCUUUACCCCGGUGUCGUGACACUGAUUAUAGCCUCUUUUACGUUUCCUCCGGGUUUUGGACAGUUUAUGGCAGGAGAGCUGAUGCCCAGAGAGUGCAUUAAUUCACUGUUUGAUAACUUCACCUGGACAAAGAUUUCAGGAUCCACCAUGCCACCUGGACUGGGCCGAUCUGCCGCCUGGCUCCACCCCCAAGUCAGCGUUUUUGUCAUCCUUCUCCUUUUCUUCAUCAUGAAGUUCUGGAUGUCUGCGGUCUCUACAACAAUGCCUGUCCCGUCUGGAGCUUUCAUGCCUGUUUUUAUCUUGGGCGCAGCAUUCGGACGUUUGGUGGGUGAGAUCAUGGCCACGCUCUUUCCAAACGGUAUUCUGUUCGAUGGGAUCGUAUACCAAAUCCUUCCUGGAGGCUACGCAGUAAUCGGGGCAGCAGCAAUGACCGGGGCAGUCACACACACGGUUUCCACAGCGGUGAUUUGUUUUGAGCUAACAGGGCAAAUUUCACACAUCCUGCCCAUGAUGGUGGCCGUGAUCCUCGCCAACAUGGUGGCUCAGGGUCUGCAGCCUUCUCUUUAUGACUCCAUCAUUCAGGUGAAGAAACUACCCUAUCUCCCUGAGCUUGGGAUCGGACACAUCAGUAAGUAUAAUAUCUUUGUGGAGGACAUCAUGGUGAAGAAAAUAAAGUUUCUAUCACCUCAGUCCACAUACCGAGAACUGAACGAGCUCCUCGACUCCACGUCCCUCAAAACCAUCCCACUCGUCGACUCCAAAGAGUCGAUGAUUCUGUUGGGCUCCAUCGAGAGAUGUGAACUUCAGGCUUCCUUUGAUUGGUGGCUGUCAGCAGAGAGGCGGGUUUAUAACCAGAGCGAGGGCGUGCCCAGCCCCGGGUCACAGGUCAGCUGGGAGUCCUUCCCUUUUGUGGAUGAGGAGGUUGGAGAGGAAAAUGGAGAGAAGUUCUCUGAUCUGACAUCAAUAAGCAACAUUUUAUGCAAAGCUAACACAGUCUCGGAAGAGCGCAACGGCCCACUUGGGUCCACUAAAAUCACAGACAUCUCCCCUAAUCACACCACAACUGGUGCCCUACAGGUCAUGAGGAGAACUUUGCAUCGCCUUUUCUCAUCCUCUUCCUCAUCGCCACAAAGUGAGCCAGAGAGCCCGCCGGCCCCUCCUGUAGCCGAAAACAUGACUCCUGAAGAGAUCAAAGCCUGGGAGGAGGAAGAGCAGGAUAAGCCGAUCGACAUCGAUCAGAUCCGUGUUGACCCCUCACCUUUUCAGCUGGUGGAGAGAACAUCUUUGCAUAAGACUCACACUUUGUUUUCUCUGCUGGGUCUCAGUUAUGCCUAUGUAACCAGUAUUGGUAGACUGGUUGGGGUGGUGGCACUAAAAGAGCUCCAGAAAGCGAUCGAAGGUUCGACCCGCAGCGGAGUGCGACUACGUCCCCCUCUGGCCAGUUUCAGAGACGCAAGGCGCAAGGCCAAAAGACCCUCCCAUUCCCCCUCCAUCCCGUCCUCUCCCACACGAGACAGAGAGUUAUGGAGCGAAGGAGUGAUACGAGAAACUAAAGACGAGUCCGUUAACAGUUGUGUCCAGACGACAGGGACAGAGUGUAAUAUCGCCAUAGGCAACAGCAGCAGAAGUUCCACCAAUACAUCUCAUGAGGAACUGUCUUCACCUUCAUCCACGAUCCCUCUCUCUUCUCUUCAUUCCGUGCCUGAAGGAAAACCGAAUGGUGAUAGAGAGAGCGACGAGGAACCUUUAUAGUCUAUUGUUUUUAAUUUUCCUCUAAUUCAGCCUUCCAGGGGGAGAUAAACCUUAUUAUGGUGCCGCCUUCAGGCCCAGGAUGGGCCGCACAAGAGAUGCACCAUGGGACACAUUGUUUUUUUAAAGGGUUUCUUCGCUCUCCAGACCGGACUCUCUUAGAGGUUCUUAUUUAGUUAUGUGCAUCUAUAAAUUUGUACAUAUGGACACGUCUCACUGAAUCUCAUUGCUACGGCUCCUCGUGUUUGUCAUUUUUCACAGUCAAUCACUUUUUAAAUGCUUUAACCUUAAAGUUCACCAAAAAAAUAAAAAUUCUGUCAUUAUUUACUCACUUCCUUGCAUGGAAAUCUAUAGGAGAUUUUAGGUAGAAAUCACAUUUAUAGUGACCAAAAGAAACAGAAAACAUCAAAAAGCCACCAUGAUUUUGGCAUUAAAUGAAUAUAUGUGAUUUUUACGUUGUGUUUCAAGACCUACUGUAAAAACCCUCGUAAUUUUACAGAAUUUUACUGUUAUUUUUGAAAUACGGUCAAAAACCCUCAAAUUACAAAAAGACUGCAAAUUUACAAAAAAACAGAGAAAGUCAUGUCAUUUUACAGAGGAAAAACUUAUUUUACGUAAUAUUCCUGGCGCCCCAGCUGCCAGAAAAUUUCCAUUUUUUUACAGAUUUUCUUUACAGUGAUAUGCUUUGUGCAAGAAACAGUCAAAAGUAUAUUGAUUUAUUAGACUUAUUGGGAUUAUUUCAAACGGUGAUAGUGUGAAUUUAAGAGCUUUUUGUUUUAAGGAUUUUUUUUUAUUUUUGAAGCUUGAUGGCCACUGUUCAAUAUUAUUAUUGCUACUAUUUAAAAGAACAUGAGGGUAAAUAAUUACAGAAUCUUGUGACCCUAAAACAUGACUUGUGUUGGUUAAACAUAAUUUAGUCAGGUUAAUUUAGCCAUUUUCUUAUAUUUUUGAUGAAACUAGUUCAUUUAGAUUUUAGCACAUGAAGCACAUUUUUAGACAGAUCAUUUUUUACAGCGAGCGAAAUAGGUGUGUAAUUUAAUCGCUUAAAAAGCUGAUUUUUCAAAAUUUUCAUCAUUUUAAAUCAUUAUCAUUAAAUAUUUGUUUGUUAUAACAAUUGAUGCAUAUCAUGUGUCUAUACUUACAGUAUGUCGUUUUAUUGGUCUCAUUAGCAU